CAGUUGGAAUAUCUCGUGCACUGGAAGGGAUAUCCACGUGAGGAGCGAGAGUGGUUAAAAGCAGCAGAACUCCAGAACACACCUCAAUCCAUCGCCGAAUUUCACCGCAAACAUCCCGCGGCUCCAUGUCCUAUGCCAGUGAUGAGGUUGAGGUUCCAAGCCCUUCAAAACUUCACUAUUCUCAAUCAUGUGCCAAGACGUUUAUUCAAUUGG